ACUGGUUGUGCUGCUACCAGCUUCCAAUUUCACACAAAAAUAUGAGAUUACUCAAUCGACUGCUCCUGCUCGUCCCGGUAGCCAUCACCACGCUGCUCCUUGCCGCAGAUUGUGAUGGCUGUGCUGCUGCCCCCUCUUCCGCCGCAUCCAACAAGGCUCGCUAUGACUUCUUCCGCACCGGGUGCUGCUGGAAACCGAGGAGCAAACCGAAAACUGAAUGCAACCGCUGGAGAACCGCAGCGAUAGUUACACCUUCAUGGCCCACGCACGGCACACCAACCAGAAUCUGACCAUUAUGGUCACUCCGCAGAAGCUCGCUGAGCGGUUCGGUUCUGUUAUACGAUAUCCAGGAACUGAUCGACAAGGAGACUUCACCAUCAAACCGACAGGAACUGACCCGAAACAGUUCGACUGGCAACACUAUUUCCAUCUGGAAACAAACCAUAAAUGGCUCGAUUUGCAAGUAUCCAACUUUCCAACCAUCCUCCAAUCGGUUACGCUUCAGGCAAGCUACGAGCGCAACCUGAUCAAGGGAAUGAAAUCAUCCAAAAAAAUCCGGCAACACUGCCGUUGUCGUGGAGUGCGGAAUUCACGCCCGAAAAUGGAUCUGCUCCGCCCUGUGCACCUACAUUCUAAAUCAACUGCUCACGUCCACCGUGCGCAAAACUAUGACAAUCUACAGAUGAUCGGUAAACGUGGCUCGGAUGCGAUUUGUCGCACACACGGGAAAGAGUACGUGUCGGGGGUGAUGAUCGAGACCAUCUAUCCAUCGUCCGGGGACUCGGUGGAUUGGACCUUCAGCGAGUGGCAUUUACGUUCGAGUUGAGAGGGCCUCCGGAUACUAUAAAUAUGUUUAUUCUGCCGGCGGAGGAGAUCCUAUAAAUUGGAGAGGAAACGUU